AUGCCUCGCAUCCCCAAGGCAUUUGCCCUUUUAGCAGGCUUCACCAGCCUCGUACAAUCACAAUCCACCGAGCAGGCACUAUGGCCCCUCCAAACCUUCAAGAGCUCAUCCAUCCAAACUCCUUUCAUGAACGUCACCAAGAUGGGCCCAACAGAACCGGGACACCUCUUCCUCACACCGGAAGACAUGCUCCGCGGAACCGGCCACCCAGCCAUCUACUCCGACGACGGCCAACUCAUCUGGCAAGGCCCAAGCGGCAACUACUCCGCGCUCCAACCGCAAAUGCUCAACGGCUCGCCUGUGAUAACCUACUGGUCCGGGUACGCAGGCGAAGGCUUCGGGUUCGGCGCGAUAACAAUCCUAAACAGCUCGUACGACGAGAUCCACCGCGUGACGCUAGACUGUAAAGCACAUAACUUCGUGACAGUUUUCGACCCGCUGGACUUUGAUUCGUGCAUUGAUAUCCACGAGAGCCAGCUUACGGACAAUGGGACGAUCCUCGUGACGGCUGUGAACGUCACACAAGCCGAUCUGAGCGCCAUUGGGGGACCAAUGAAUGGCUGGAUCCAGGAUGCGCUGGUUUAUGAGAUUGAUCUCGAGACGAAUGAGGUUGCUUUCCGCUGGAGUGCACACGAGCAUGUUGAUCAGGUGCCGCUUACUGAUUCGCAGUUGCCACUCGAAGGGUCUGGUGGGAAUAAGUCUGAUCCGUAUGGAUAUCCGCACCUGAAUGCUGCUUACAAGUAUGGGGACUCGUACUUGAUCUCGUCGCGGUUUAUGUGCAGUCUUUAUUUCAUUGCGGCCGAUGGGUCAGUUACGUGGCAUCUUCAUGGCCGUACCGGUGGCGACUUUAAGCUAGGUCUCGACACGACUUUCUGCUAUCAGCAUGAUGCGCGCUUCCAAUCGCAGAGCGAUGAACGGGUGACUAUCAGUCUGCACAACAACGAGAACACCGAGUUCACUGGCCACACAUCACUAACAACUGGCCUCGUGCUAGAUGUCGAGCUUCAAGGCUCAAAGAAAGUCACUCUGAAGAGUCGGAUGUGGGAUGCUGCUGAGCCCGUAUAUGCCGAGUCGCAGGGUAGCUACCAAACGCUCGGCAACGGACACAGCUUGCAGGAUCACGGCGCAACUCCCAAAUUUGAGGAGUAUAAUGAAAACGGAGCUGUUAUGAUGCGUGCUCGCUUCGGUUACGAUAUGACUAUGCAGACGUAUCGCACAUAUCGUUACCCAUGGAUUGGGCGGCCGGCUACCAAGCCGGAUGCUGUUGCUUGUUUGAACAACGGUGGGAGGACCGCUGUUUAUGUUAGUUGGAACGGUGCAAGUGACGUGGAGUCAUGGAAAGUCCACUCUAGAUCUACAGUCAAAAAGACUGCUGUGCGCAAUGGAUUCGAGACUACCAUUCUGGUCAACGGCUUGAGCGAUAGUGAUUUAAUAAUUGUGGAGGCUGUUGGCGGUGUUGGCAACGGGGCGAGGUCGGAAUCGGUCACGGUUGGCCAAUGUUGA